AUGAAUCGCCAAAAAAAGACACAAAAACCACUCAAUCCUGUAAGCAGAACUAAUUUCUUUGCAAAAUUAUUUUUCACUUACACAGCCAAACUCUUUCUAAAAGGGUACAAAAAAGAGCUGAAUGAAACCGACAUAUACGAAGUACUACCAUCGUACGAGUCGAAACAAUUAGGACAAAAACUAGAAAAAGAAUGGACGAAACAAGCAGCAAAGAACCGAAACUCCUUACCACAUCUUCUGUUCAAAUGCUUCGGCAAACAGUACUUUCUACUAGUACUAACUUUAAUCAUCCCGCUAACUCUAACGUACGAAUUCUUCCGACAUUGCAACUUCCAAAUUUACGUUCCUUCUUCCAGAGCUGUGAAACCCAGAGUGACCAAAAGAUUUAUUUUGUACUUCGCUUCAGACCGUACCACUUUUCCAAAAAGCGAAGCCUGUGCCUAUGGAGCAUUGUUGGUACUAAUCGAGUUCAUUAGAGCUUUAUAUGCCCACAACCUCGAGCUAGGACUCAUCACGUUUACUCUAAAAAUCCGCGCUGGUCUCACUUCUCUAAUCUACAGACGAAUUCUAGAAUCGGAAUCGGUAUCAAUUGGCAGAAGUGUUAAUCUCAUCACGAAAGAUGUGUCAGAGUUUGAAGAAUUCGUACUAAUGGUGACUUUCAUGCUGAGAGAUAUCUUGAAAAUUGUUGUUGUGUGUUACGUGUUGUAUACAGAAGUUGGUUGGCUGUUUGUGAUUUUGAUUGUCGUUAUUGGCACGGCGGUGACUAUCAGUGGAAUAUUGGCAAUUUUUGUGAAGAAACUCAGAGUUAGAACUUUGGCAAAGACGGAUGAGAGGCUUCAAACGACUAAAGAGGUUUUGGGGGGGAUAUCGUUGAUCAAGUACUACCUGUGGGGUGACUAUUACCAAGACAAAAUUCAAGGAAUUAGAAAAAAAGAAGUGUCUCUUCUUACUAAAAUAUUUAUCUUGUUGAACGCCAACGUCAUCAUUUCGUCUUCGUUUAUUGACAUCUCGUGGUACAUCAUUGUGGUUAGCUUAAUAUUUUCCGGAGUUAACUCAAAUGUUGGUACACUGUUUGUCAUACUGAACAGUCUCAACGCACUUCGUAUUCCUCUGCAACACAUCUUGCCACGGGCAGUACUAGAAUUUGCAACAAUAAUCGCUGCUAUCACAAGAAUCGAAAAUUUUCUUAGAACAACAAGCAGAAACAUCGACGAACCUUCCACAAACACUCCUUUAUUGAGUGUGAAAACGCCACACGUGGACUUUGAAUACAGUAGUGGAAUCACGGCCAUAACCGGACCAGUUGGUGGCGGAAAAACAUACUUUUUAACAAUUUUGGCAAAAGAAGAUAUGAAAAGUUUUGCUUAUGCAUCUCAGGAGCCGUGGCUUUUUCCAGCUACCAUUAAGCAAAACAUAUUAUUUGGAAGUAGUUUCGACCAAGAGCGAUAUCUGGAAGUCCUAAGAGUAUGCGCUUUGCUUGACGAAGUACAAGACUCGACGGUGGUGGCAGAUAAAGGAGAUAAUCUGAGUAAAGGCCAACAAGCAAGAAUCAAUCUGGCACGAGCUGUUUACAAAGACUGCGACGUGUACUUAAUCGACGAUUGUUUAUGUCAUUUGGAUGUGAUGGUCGCAGAUUUUGUUUACGAGGAGUGUUUGAGAAAAUUUUUGAACGACAAAAUCAUUCUUCUGGUUACGCAAAACGUGCACUAUAUUGGUAAUACCGACAGAGUAGUUACACUAGAGAAUGGAACUAUUAAGAGUGACGAUAAGCAACUGGUGAAAAAAAAGUUAACAAUAAAAGAAAAUACAACUGCUGAGACUACAAAGUUGGUUGAAAAUCUUGAAGCGGAUGACAAUGUUUACCAAGAAGUGAAAGCUUCAGGAAAAGUCAAAUUAGAAGCGUAUCAGAAAUAUUUAGACGCUUGUGGUGGACUUUCAAAAAUUGUUGCUUUCUCUCUGAUUGUGUUAACCCAGGUUUUGAAAACUAGUGUUAACAAGCUACAAGCUAACUGGAUUGGCACUGAACAACUUAUCUUCAAGAAUUCCACCACGACGAAGGCACUAGAAAAUCGACAAAGAAUGAUCUACGUUCUCCCCAUUUUAAUUGUAGCAGCAACUGUGCUUUUCAUUGCCAACACAAUAUUUUGCUGGUGUCUGGCUAAAAAGGCUUCUAUAUCUAUACACAAAUUUUUGUUGUCUAAAAUUGUUAAUUCUUCAACGGAAUUCUUCAAUAGCCACUUCGCUGGAAACAUAUUAAAUCGUUUUUCGGAAGAUAUGCUCUACCUUGAAGAAUUCGUGUCUAGAACAUUCUACGAACUGUUGAAACACAUUGCAGAAACAGCCGGGAUCAUAAUUCUAGCAGCCAUGAUAAACGUCUAUUUUUUGAUCGGGUGUUUAGUUUUUGGUGCAAUAAUCAUCACUUCCAGAACGAUUUAUUUAAGAACAGGACGUGCACUCAAGCGACUGGAGUUUUCAACACGCAGUCCUUUGGUUGGUCAUAUUAACGCAACUCUAGACGGAUUGGCAACUAUUACAAUUUCCAAAAAACAAAAUCUUCAACGUGAGGAAUUUGAUAAACGCCAAGAUUUGUAUACUUCGUCUUCGUACAUGUAUAUGUCUUGUGAAAAAGCCUUUCAUUUGACUGUUGAUACAUGUGCUGUGUGUUUUGGCGCUUUUGCAGUUGUUUUGUUUCUAGUUUUAGAUCAAGGCCUCGGUCUCUUGCAAAUAUUUAUAUUUACCAUAACACAACAGACGUUGUGCCGCUCUUGGACCAGACUCGAAAACUAUAUGACGACAGUUGAAAGAAUUCUCCAAUACACUAGGCAAACCCAAGAAAAUAAAAACGGCGUGGUUGUGACAAACUGGCCUUCAGAAGGCGAAAUAACAUACCAACACGUGUAUUUUGCCUACAACACCACCAACGUAUUAAACGAUUUAAAUUUUGUUGUAAACUCAAAGACAAAAUUAGCUAUAGUUGGACGAACUGCUUCCGGGAAAACUUCAUUGGUGUCUCUUCUUCUCCGUCCAUAUGGAUUCAAAGGAAACAUAUUUAUUGACAAUGUUGACAUAGCUACCCUUUCUUUAGAUUUGCUCCGGAAGUCUUCGUGA